CUUGGUCAAAUUAGCGAUCAGCAAGCAUAGCACAGACAACCGAACCAAAAUCAUUCAAAAUGACCCGAGGGAAUACCAGGCAAUCUAAGGUUUUCUACAAAGGACCGAUUGAAGGCUUUGCCUUCAUGGUUGAGGAUGUUACUGCCAUGCAGAACUGGAGAAGAGAUCACUCCAUUCCCCUUGCGCAGGUGCUGGACGGAUGGAAGAUAUUUACUUCUCGGAUUCAUAAUGAAGCCAGCAGAGCUACGCUUGAACUCGAGUUUGGGACAUCAAAUGACAAUGAUGAGAAUAUUAACAUUGAAAGAAAGGGCAUAAGAAAUGAAUCGCAAGGCCCCUGGGAGAUCCACUGA